AUGGCCCAAAUCAAAGGCCUUAAUGCUCAUGAUCGCCCGCCAGAGGCUGUCCGGCAAUGCUACAAAAAAUUCACACGAUGCUCAUUAUCAGAUAUCGACCAUGACCCCGGGGUCCUCGACCUGCAACGACUAGAUCCUGACCGGCUUCCUGCCAGCAUCACCGUCUCGCAAUACAUGUCCAGUCAAGAUCUUCGGCUGGCAUUUGAUGAUUUCAUUCGCGGUGGACAUGCCUCAGACAAAGAACAUGCGCCUUUGGCUGAGAACAUACCUGUUUUUACACACAAUGCAGUAUCUGGCCUCCUGAUGAUACCCUCACUAUUCCCUCCCACCGUUCAAACCGAACUACUAUCUCGUCUACUCCACCGCGACCUGCCCAACCCCGAACAUAAGACCAACCUGCACCUACACUACGACGUCACAUAUCCCGAGACCUUAAAGAAUCAAGACACCCCGCAGUCAUUCUUCGCGGAUGAUCCAACACGAGUACUCCAACCAAAGGAUCCCAAAGUGCAUAAGCCGCUUAAUAUCCAGAGUGUGUUGGAAAAGAAGCUCAGGUGGGUCACCUUGGGUGGCCAGUAUGACUGGACUGCUAAAGUAUACCCAUCUGAGGCGCCGCCACCCUUCCCACCGGACGUGGCGAAGCUGUUGAAGGCGGCAUUUCCAGAGACAGAUGCCCAAGCAGCGAUUCUGAAUCUAUACUCCGCCGGAGAUACUCUCAGCGCGCAUCGCGACGUUAGUGAAGAGUGCGACGUAGGCUUGAUCAGUGUGAGUUUUGGCUGUGAUGGUAUAUUCUUGAUAAGCCAUGAUGAUGGAAAUGGUGCGGAAGUCAUUCGACUUCGGUCAGGUGAUGCCGUGUACAUGGAUGGUUCAUCGCGGUUUGCCUGGCACGGCGUCCCCAAGAUCUUGCCUGCCACCUGUCCCAGCUGGCUGGCGGACUGGCCAUGUGUUGGAGAAGAUGCGGCUGGCUCUGCAUAUGAGAUGUGGAAAGGAUGGAUGUCUGGGAAACGGAUCAAUCUCAACGUGAGGCAGAUGACCAGUUUUGCUCCAUGAAGUAGCGAAAGUGGCUUUGCUAUACAAACCGAGAAACGCCAUUUGGGGUCAUGGCUGCUUAUUGAGCUAUCGAUU